AUGUUUCUUCGCUGCCUGGCUGCCUCGAUUUUGCUGCUGCAGCUCGCGCAGGCCAAGGUUAGUGGCAGGACCCUGAAGGACGACUGAUUUGCCUCCAGGUGACAUGUCCACGAGGUCCGUUCGGCACGCAACUCGAAUGCGCCUUCGAGUGUUGCACGUCCUUCGAAGGCGAUGACCAUGUUUGUCUUUCGAGUGUUUGCAUUUUUGUUUUCGGUGGCAAUUUGUUAUUCUCACCCUUUGGCCGUGUUUCGGAAGGGAUACAAACAAAGCAAUGGAAAAUGUUAUCAAAAAAAUUUUUAAAAAAAUUAUAACUGGACUUUUUGUCAAGAAUUUUUUUAAAAAAAAGCUUUCGUUAAGAAUAUUUUUUUCUUAUGAGAUUGAACCCUUGAAAAAACGAUUGCUGGUUUCAAAUCGAAAAUCGUAAAUUAAUUGAAUUUCUCACAGCGUCAAAACAUGAAAAAAUGUUUUCUAUAGAACAAGGACCGUCCGACAGAAUGAUUAAUUUACAGAGUUCAUCCUUUUUUUUCCGGAAAGAAACUUUUCAGGGCUACUACUGUUGUGGACUGGAAGAGAAACAACAGAUGGACCGCGGAGGAGACAAAAGCCGCGCCGAGCGGUUCAUCUCCUACGGCAGCACCUUCCAGUAGGUCUUUCCGGCGGAUCCCCUCAUCUCUGCCUCCAGGAUCGACUACACGAUGCUCGUCAUCGGCCUGAUCAUCUCCAUCGUGCUUUCGAUCCUCUUGUCCUUCUUCUGCUGUCUUUUGUGCAACGGCUGCUGGCUCCACCGCCGACGCAAUCCCCAGAUGUACGAGAGUGUCAACGACAACGGCUGGUAUCCCAUCUGCUGUCAGUUCUUUUUUUUUCGCUUUUGUGAAAGUUUCAUUGCACAAUGUAAACAAGAAAGCCCGUUUUAUCUGCACUGACCUCUUUUGCAAUAUAUACCUCUCUUUUUGAGGAAAUAUUAUAUAUCAGUUUUCUCCCUAGUAUUAGCUAUUCAAAUCAUUAUUUAACUGGAUUUUCAAAAGAGGGCAUAACUCGGAAGUUCAUAGAUUGCGAUAUAGAAAUUUGAGAGCUAUCAGGUAAAAAAGAAGUUCAAAAUCUUUCCCAGAAUUUAUACUUUUUCGUUCUUUCAGUUUUUUGGCUGUAAGUCAAUGUCAGCUUCUUGAAAAAAAAAAAUAAAUUAUGGAAACUUGCAUUUUCGUAAUUAUUUUUGGUCUGAUGUGGAUAUCUCAUAUUUACCCCUCUUAUCACCAAAAAUCUUAUUGCCUCAAUUUCAUCUCCGGAAAAAAAGCAAUAAUAUAAGAUGCUCGGGAAACUCUUUCGUAAGUGUCAACUUUGAACCGACUUGACAUUGACUUCUUUUCUUUUUUUUAAGCUUUACCCAGCGCCGUUUAUUUGCCUAUGCCGUUUUGUGAGUGGAUCGUUGAGUAUGAAAAUCGAUGAUAAUCGAUUAGGAACAAAAGUUGAGAAAAGAAGCCGACGAUGACGCACGAUUCUUCCAUGUUUUGCGGACAAAAGGCGAGCGGAAGAAGGGUCUUUUAGGGAAAAACGCAAAUGGGCCACGCGCCUCUUUAGAAAUCACUGUUCUGGGGUCGGCCUAAUCGAACUUUUUAAGAAAUGAGACGCUUUCUAGCGAAAAUGAAUUAGAUUCAAAAGCUCAUAUUCACAACUGCAAAGAAACGAACAAACUGCCUCGAAUUGAAAAUUCGAUGAUUUGGUUGUAGUUUCAAGUAUACUUCAAUCAAUUAAUCAAUCAAUACUUAUCUUUUACUUUGGUCAAAAAAUAAGAUUUUCUGCAGAAUUAAGACUGCGGAAUAAACUUCGCCAAUUCCUUCAUGAAGUCUGAAAAAAACCAGAAAAUCAUAGAAAUGGACCUCUUUUUGAGAUUGAUCUAUUUUGAUCGAAUUUUCAGAGAUGUCUUUAAUUUUCGACUCGGAAUGCAGAAAUUUUGCUUUUUAGCAUUAGUAUAAGAUUUUAACGGAAAGCGGGCGUCUAUUCUGCGACCUCGGUAUGGGAUUUUUAUAACAAAUUUUUAAGUUCCUAAAUAAUAUUGCAAAAAAUCUAUCAAUUUGUGUGAAUAGUGGGAAUCUCAGCAGAAGCUGCAAGGAACACUAUCUUUGAGGAGAAGCUUGAUCCGUAGGAGACGUGAUUUUUGCAGGCGGCUUCGGAAUCCCGAUGGGAACUGUCGUUUUCUCCACUCAUCCGCCACACUACAGGGAGGACAGCGAGAUGUACCACGGCUCCAGCACUUCCAGUCUUCCUUCGUCUAAACAGAGGUGCCGUCGUUUCUUCUUCUCACGAUCUCAUACGACAUUUUUUUCCUUUCUGAAUCAAUGAAAUUCUUUCAGAGUACGGUUCAAUCCAGACGGAACGCCGCGCGGAGUUCUAAAAAACAACGGACACGAGUCACAGUUCAGGGACUAG